AUGGUCCCGAGAGGAAGAAAAUUAACAAAAGCUAUGGAGAACUCAACCCAAGUCAAGUUAUUUUAUCUCUUUGGCUUACAAGAGACAUUUAACAACAAAUCGGUCUAUUUUACCUUGUCUCUUAUCACAUACCUUCUCAUCAUCACUGUGAAUCUGACUCUGAUCAUAACAAUCAUUCAGCAGAAAGGUCUCCAUGAGCCCAUGUAUAUCUUUCUGUGUAGUCUAUGUGUCAAUGGAUUGUAUGGAACUGCUGGUUUCUACCCCAAGUUCUUACUGGACCUUCAGUCAGAUGUUCAGGGGAUAUCUUAUGGUGGAUGUUUGACUCAAACCUAUGUAAUAUACACAUCUGUCAUGUGUGAAAUGUCUACUUUAACAGUGAUGUCUUACGACAGGUAUGUGGCAAUAUGCAGACCACUACUAUAUCAUACCAUUGUGACAUCUUUAACUGUUAGAAAGUUACUCUUAUUUUCUUGGUGUUAUCCUUUAUUUAUAGGACUCAUAGUAGUUAGUUUAACCGUCAGAGUUCCUUUGUGUGGAUCUCGCAUUGAUAAGAUCUUCUGUGACAUUCCGUCUAUACUGAAACAUGCAUUGACCCUGUUUGACAAUCUGCAAGGAUGGAAUAGUAAUGUAAAUAUUACGCUCAAUAUGCGUAAUGCAAUGGCCGUACAAUUCCUUGUUAUACCACCUGUCUUUAACCCUCUCAUAUAUGGACUUAACCUCCAGCAGAUUCGAAGGGCAGUUUUUAGAAAGUGUACUCCACAUAAAAUCAUUGAUAUGAAAUGUUAG